AUGGCGGGGAACGAGAGCGCAGACGACGCCUCUUCCUGCUCAUCUGACUUCUGCAACGACCCGUCCUCACCCGUGCGGACGCCACAGCGGCAUCUCCAUCCAACCGACGCAAAAAUGCAUGCAGGACUCUCGCACGAGCGUGGCUCGCCCGUAGCAACUGCAUCCUACAGCAGGCGGGAGUUUCCUUCAGAGGGUUCGCUGCAGCGGAAAGAACAGCGGGGAGUUCGGUGUCACCAGCUCCAGCUAAUGAGAGACACAGCUUCUGCGCUAUUCCAAACGCUAGGAAGGGACGUCACCCGGUGUAUUAACAGCGACGCCCAGCGCCUCGCGGAGACCGUAGAGCAGCUUCAGCCGAAAGCAGAUGCUAUCCGGAAACUCGUCGAGGAGGCUGAGGAGAUGCGAGAGAAUGCCCGGGGCUUCGCAAGAAAGCGACAGCAGAACCUCCAUCUGAUCGAGCGGCUGAAAGAGGAAGACAAGGCAAUUGACAAAGAGCUCCAGGAACUGCCGGAGAAGCUCCACAGUUUAGACGCGUUCAGGGAAGAGGAGAGAGCCUCGCUAGAAGCCGCCCGCGCAGAGUACAGACUGGUUCAGAAACAAAGGGAGCACGCGCUGCUCGCGUGGGAAGAGAAGAUUCGCGUCUACGAGAAGGCACUGGGCAUUCGGAUUCAUCAGGACGAUGCGGGCGGGCCAACUUUGAUCCGAUUUCCUGGUCUGCUGCCGGAGCUUUCGAGGCGAGACGCAUCUUAUGGAGAAGACCGAGGAGCAGACCAAGAGACGAGCCACGACGAAUGCUUUUUCGCUUUUCAGCUGGACGAGCAGGGUGCGGUCUCAGACUCCCACUGUUGGCCGCCUGUGGAGAGUUACGACGACAUCAUGGAAGCCUUCAGCCGGGAAGAAAUAUCGCUACCCAUCGUGGUUGCCUGCAUGCGGCGAAGUUUCAAGGAGUGGCGAAGACCGCGGCAAAUUAUUCCCUCUCGUUCCAGGCCGGGAACCAGGCGGAAACCGCCUUUUGCUGACGAACUCCCGAGAGGCCGAGAGAACGUUCUUGCAAACGAGGAACCUUUCAGACGGGGUGUACCGACACAAAGAUUGGAACCCCAAGCAGGAAAUCGAGAUGCUGCUGACUCCGCCGCCCACGCAUCCAGAAAACAAGAACAUAGUGCGGCCUCUUUUGAAAGUCGGACGCAGGAGAAGCACGGAGAACCGUGGAAGCUGAAAGAGAGAGCAGAUCGUGGAGACCUUUUUGUGUUUGGCUCAAGCCACAGAGAGUUCGAAGGGGACCAACGUAGAGGGGAGAAACAGCCCGGAGGUCACCCUGAACCCAAGGGAAAAGAAGGAAACGGACACACCCCAGAAGGUGCCCUCUAUGAGGCGAGAGCCGCUGGAUCACAGUUUUUCUAG